AUGCUGAGCAGCUCCGUGUCUCGAAGUGUAGUGCGGCGAGUGCUGUUACGCGGCCUGUCGAGCUCUGUAGCCCCACAUGCGUUGCCAUCAGCUUCAGUAGACGUCAAACUUGUACUGGAGAGCAGCAUAGCCCGCAGAGAGUCGUCGCGCGCUCUUGCAGCCUUCGACAAGCUGGAACAAGAUGCUUCGCUCCAGGACCCUCAGCUGCUGCAGCGUCUGGCGCUGCUUGUAGCUAAGCGUGGGCAGCCGCACGAGGCUCCGAGAGCCGCGCAGAUCCUUCGGCAUUUGCUUUGCCAGCCAAACUUUGAGGCGGACGACGCAACGCAACUAGCAGCCAUCUACACAAUGGACUCGUGUCUGCGGGUGAGGCGACUGGAGGACGCGCUGUCGUUGUUCCAAGCAGCAAAAGAGAAGGACAUCCUGGUGGACCUCCCGGCAGUGAACGCAAUGCUCGAGGCGCUGGUGGACGCACACCGAGUGGACGAAGCUGCGACGAUCCUCAAGAGCAUAGCAGCGCAGCACGACGUGAACCCCACCGAGCAGACGUUCCAGCCUGUGCUGGUGGCUGUGAUGCAGCAGAAACGAUACGAAGAUGUAGUGGCUGUUAUUGAGCAUGGGAGAACGCAUGGCGUGGACUUUUCUCCUGAGACGUACGACCCGCUGGUGGAUCUAUCGCUGGAGCAAUACACGAAAGCGGACGUGGAACGAUUAGGCAUUUUCAUGGAGUAUAUUAACAGCGCUUUGGAUGCAGACGGGGUGAGUAGUGAUUGA